AUGUCUGCAACCGCACCGGAGAGGCCAACGGUAGAGGAGGUAAUCCCGGUAGUCCACGGGGUUGUGGACCAGAUUCUAGAAGGGCCGGGAGUCAACAAAUCUCGUAUCGGUACUGUUAUACGGAAGGGGGCUACUCUGUUGGCACAGUAUUACGGUGGUCAUGUUCCAGAGAAUUGGAACGAGGUUAUUCGAGCCCCUGGCGCAGCUGAACUGAUCAAAGAUGAAAUUGAUCGCAUAUUCCCCCUUAUCUACGGGGAGAUACUUUUCUGUGUGGAUGACGCAGGAUUGGAUUAUGCUGAUGGCGCUAGGGAACUAGCGGGAGUCUUAUCUACUCGUAUAAUCAAAACCAUCUUGAAGCUGACGACGAUAGACGAAGCGGCUAUCUUAUUUGAUGGGUUUAUCAAAGUAUUGGCUACUUGCAAUGAACGUUCACAGUCGGCGAUGAGCAUCGCGCCUUCGACGGUGAAUGUUUCGAGCGCCCAGGAAAAGAAUGACGAUCGUGUCAAUAUAAAAGAUCUACCAUUGAUUGAUGGUGGCGAAUGGGGUCUGGCAAAACUGGGUGUUGUAUCGUAUGAUACCUGGCAGUAUCGUAUUCGUCUGGCAUGUUCCUCAUAUGCUCUGAGGGGUCGUCGUGCGUGUUAUUACGCCUUACGUAACCUCUGUGGUGCUGAACGUACCUACGCCCAUACGUGCUUGACCAAGGAGAUACCCGAAGGCACCGAGCCGUUGGAUUAUCUUUUACAACGACUACAGGAGGAGUAUGGAUCCGUUUGGUCCCACGGUCGGGCGAGGCAGCAGUUCCAGCAGGCCAAGAAGCAGAGCAACGAGUCGGUGGUAUCGUUUAUGUCACGGCUUAAGAGCAUGGCAGUAGCACUGCCAGGGAAGUGCAACGUAAGUGAGGGCGAGUUGCGGCAGCGAUUUCUCGAUGGCAUUCCGCCGGGACUUCUCGCUAAAAUAAAGAGUCGCUACGGUCCAAAAAUCUACGAGAAGAAAUUAGAAUCGAUUGUGGAUUCGGCAGAAUUUUUCGACUCGGAGUAUCAGCAGGGUCGAGAUACUGUGAUCGGACGGAAGGGUGGUGGAGCACGGCCACGAUUUCCAGAGAAUGGGAAACCGCAAGCUCGUGACGGUGGUCGACAGGAGAAUGUCGAUCGACAAUUCGGUAAAGGGAAUGCGAUAUCGGCCAAUCUAUCGAACGUCUAUUGCUAUAAUUGUGGGAAGGCUGGCCAUUUCAAGAGGAAUUGUCCUGAUCUCUCACGUAAUGGUGGGCGAAGUCCUUCUACUGUAUCGACUUCUGGUGUUGCUGGCGAAGCCCAGAAACCCAAGGGCCCUGGGUCGCCUGGGAAAUCAGCACAGCCAACUGGGAGUGUGGAAGUAUUCGUGGGAGAAGUUCGAGGAGUGUAUGCGAUUGGAGCCGAUGAUCCAGUUCCGAAGCUAGCAUGCAAGUUCGGCCAGCAUGCCGAGUUCGAGGCAGAUGUGCUACUUGAUAGUGGCGCAGCGUCAUCACUAAUGGCAGACGCAGUAGCGUCCCAGCUGAUUGCAUCGAAUGAUGCGUGUUUAAGAGAGUUGAAGACACCCGUGAAAUUAUCGUAUGCUGGUGCAGCAGAAGAAGUAUCUCAUCAGGAAGUUAUCGUUCCAGUGCAAUUGGAGAGGAAGACUGGUGAGUGGUUCUAUUUACCUUUUAUCGUGGUGAAGGGAUCGAGCCGAGGGAUUCUACUAGGGCGAUCAGCUAUGUGCUGCUUGAAUAUUACUUUGAAGUUCGCAGGGGAUUCGGCUGAAAACGAACAAUUGCGAAAUGUGUAUGAGCAGGCAUCUGAUCAACGGUCAGAAAUGAGAUCGGUAGCAGAAGAAGAGAAGAUUGAUGCGAUUUAUGUACACAUCGAUCAAGUUAUUGAAGAGCCUUCUGUAAUAGAAUCCUCGCAUCCGUUCCCCAAUGACUAUGAUGCCGACAGAUCCGAGAUGGCUUGUCGUGGUAUGGCUCGCAUUAUUCUCGUUAUGGAUGAUUAUCUUUUUGUUGGUUCUUCUGACGAAAUCGCCUUUACAGAAUCACUUUACGAUUGCUUAUGGUCCCGUUGUGGCUUCAACUGCAGUAGUGAGAAGCGUGCCCUCUGGUCAGCAGACUCUCCCAUUCGAUGGCUUGGUGCAUAUUGGUCAUUUGAUGCAGAUAUCCCUAAGCUGACGAUGAAGAGACCAGUUGUAGAAAGGGAGCUGCAUCACCCAUAUACCAAAAGGCAGAUCUUCAGUGCAGCUGGAGUAUUCCUAGCACUGACAGGUGGAUUCUGUGAGACCUUAGCGAGAGCUCAUGCUGACACUCUCCGACGUUUGAGUGGUGGAUGGGCAGACUGGGAUAGUCCUUGCCAGGAUUCCCAUGUAUGCAAUCUCUUGUCAAAGCACUUCGACUGCGCGAAGUUCUAUUGGAAGGCAAGCUCUGCAGAAGAUGAGAAUCUGAGAAUAUAUGGAAGCAUCACCGAUAUUGAAGUACGCACUGAUGCGUCCAAAGUGGGUUAUGGAUUCGUGGUGGUGGAUCGUGGUCUGGUAGAUGGGACUGGUAAUAUCUACAAUUCAUCAGCGAUAGUGUAUUCUGAGGCGAAGGGCUUCAAUAAGAAGCAAGAUGUAUGGCAUUGCAAUCGUAAAGAACUAUAUGGAUUGGCAAUGUGUAUUCGACGAUUGGAUACUCUAUUGGUAUUGAUGCCACAUCUGAGAUCAAUCAGAGUGGGCACUGAUUCACGUGUCACACAAAAACAAAGUGAUCCGUGGGCCUUGACAUCUGGGAGCAAGGCAUUGGAGAAGCAAGCUAUUCUGCGACUCCGGAAUAUGAUUAUUGAUUUGAAUUUCGAUUGGCGACGCCGGUCUAUACGACUAGAAAUAUGUCACGUUAUAGCAGCGAAAAAUAUUCAUGCGGAUAUGUUAUCACGAGCUCCGGAAAUGACCAUAUGUAUUCCCGUGGAAAAACCAGAGGGGGAAAUGAUCGCCCCGAUCGCGGUAGAGCCUACAGGCGAGACGUCUAGUGACUCGGAUAAUGGAGUCACGGUAGAGUCAUCGCAGAAUCUAGGUGCUUGCGAUUAUGGUAUCGGGAAUGACCUUCUUGGGUGGUCAUGCUUUAUUGUACCCAGUUAUAGGAGAUUCGUGGGGUUACAACAAAUAUUUGGCGCAUGGAGGUCCACAGCAGGACAAAGUGCUGCAGCUGAUGACAAGUCGCCGGAUAACUGCAAUGGUUCACGAUUGCAGUGGCUACGUUACGAACAAGUUCGUGAUGCUGAAACGAAUCGUGCCAGAGAGGCACUCAAUUCUGACCCGUCGCUAGGAGAAAAGGCGACUGGAUUCGUCUACCGAUUAUUUCUCAACAAGCAAAAUCUGUUAUGUCGUCGGAUUCUCCUCAAGAGUGGAGAAGGGCGAAAAGUCUUGACCCAAGUUGUGGUGCCGAGGCGCCUUAUGUCAGAGAUUGCUGAGGCUGCACACCAUCAAGCAGCGCAUGCAGCAUUCUAUGAAGUAUCACACAAGAUCGCUGAAGUGGCAUGGUGUCCGGGAAUGAAGAAGAUCAUCAAACAAACCGUCAAUGCUUGCGAACCAUGCCAACGCUCGGUGGUAAGACCAUCGGAUAUUGCAGAAGAAACGGGAGGCAUUGGUGUUCCUUCUGGUCCAUUUCGGACCGUGGGGAUCGAUCUAUAUGGUCCAAUGCGAUCUCCAAGGGUAGGGAUGGCAGCUACGGCAAAGACGGAGCCACCUUGGUACGUGGUCACCUUUGUAUGCCGCUAUACCGGCUUCACCUGCUUUCGAUUAAUACCCGAUUGUCGAGGCAGUACUGUUGUGACGGAAGUCGAGAAGGUUAUCGUGUGGCAAUGGGGAAAUGUGACGGAUCUGAUCAUAACAGAUCAGGGAAGUCAGUUCUGUCGCCAUCCAGGGUUCUCGUCACUAUUAUUGAUGAAUGCUAUGCGACAUGAAGUCCUGCCAAGCAGGAGUCCUCAUCUUGGAGGAUUCUAUGAGGUGAAGCACAAAGUACUAGGACGCUGCCUACGCUCUAUGCUACAAAAUGCCAAGAUGCCGGAUUGGGAACUUAUGCUAUGUAUUGCUGCUAAUCGUAUUAACAAUUCUACCCCAAAGGAUGGUGCUCCGUCUCCUUUCGAGUUGGUCUAUGGAUACUCGCCUAAGCUACCGAUUGCUCGCCUCUUGACCGCUGAUGAUAAUGCAGCCGAAGAAUGGGAACGAUUACGUCCGAAAUUCCUUCCCUCGGACCCGCUGCACAACGCUCAGGUGAUAGCUGAUUGCCGUCGCCGUAUCAAGAGACGUGACCAUAUGCUUGGAAUUUUCCGAGAGUUCUGGUUGGAUAGGAGACAACACGCUGCAGUGGAGAGCAGCAAGAAGAGCACUGGUACUCAGCCAUUGGAGGCUGGAGAUAUUGUUCUUAUUACCAAAGACCGGAACCCAAAGUUGGGUCAAUAUGUUCGAGAUGAGAAGUAUGAAAUUAUUGGUGCUAAAGGUAAACAAUGUUAUUCUGUCAAGCCGGUCGAUGGUGGGGCGCCGAUGAUCGUUCACGCUAAAAAUCUGCGCCGAUUCUUUACUCAUGAUGAGGAUGAUCCCCAUGUGGAGGAAGAUCACCCUACCGGAGAUUCAGGUUUCAGCGAUGAAGAGCCGUUAGCUCACGGUGAGGGAAACCCUGACUCCAAGGUUCUUGAUGACGCACCCCAUAAAGGGGGAGAAGAUCAUAUGUCUUAUCCUUUACUUAUUGACGGGACCACAGAAUCCCAGAAUGGUACUGCUACUACAACUCCGAGAAGAUCUAAGAGAGAUCACGAGCGGCAUUUUUUAGAGGCUAUACAGGGGAGUACCUCACGUUAUGGCCGCUCACGAAGGGGGAGAAAGCUGUAA